AUGAGAAACAUUAAAGAAGCAUGGUUCCUGAAGUCGAUGAGGUCCGAUCCGAGCCAGAGGGAUCCAAAUUUGUGGUGCGAGUACCACAGUACUAAUGGCCACCGGACUAGGGACUGCCGACAUCUACGUGAAGAAGUAGCGACACUAUUGAAAAAUGGCCAUCUCAGGGAAUUCUUAAGUGAUCGAGCCAAGAAUAAUUAUGGCCGCAACUGUGAUAACACGGACCCCUCGAAAGCAGGAGAAGAUCCCCCGCUCCAGAAGAUCAACAUGAUCUUCGGGGGGAACGAGAUCAACGGGGUCACCUUCUCGGCAACAAAAAAGACGAAGGUAUCAAUAACCCAUAGCAAGAGACUCCGAGAAGUAACUGAAGACGGCAUCACUUUCACAGAGGAGGACGCAGAUGGAUUGUUGCUUCCGCACAAAGAUGCACUGGUAAUUUCUUUAAAGGUUCUAGAUUUCAAAAUCAAACGUGUUCUGGUAUAUCCAGGAAGUGUAGCCAAUAUUAUACAAUGGAGGGUAUUAGAACAAGCCAAACUCACCGGAAGCAUCAUUCCGGCCACAAAACUCCUUGUCGGGUUCAACCUCGCAAGCGUAACAACCCGAGGAGAGAUCAUGCUGCCCUCGAACGCCGAAGAAGUGAUGAAGACGGCUCUGUUUGAAGUUGUGGACGGUGAAAUGGGUUAUAAUAUUAUUCUGGGAAAACCGUGGUUGCACGAGAUGAGAGACGUACCAUCAACGUAUCAUCAGUUGCUGAAAUUCCCAACACCCGGAGGAAUCAAAUAG